GGUAUAGGCAAUUUGAAUUUUCAGCCCUAGCUUAUAAUAAAUUAAGACAAAUUCUAUAACAUUUAUUGAAACGAAAAAGUUCAAUUACGCUAUUUAUAUCGGUCAUUGGGAUUCUUCUGGUUAUGGUGUACGAUUCAUUCACGUAAUUCAUGAAAAUAAAAUCUUACUUAUCUCAAAAAAAUAAUGAAUAAAUAUAAAAUAAGAUAAAUAACUGGGCUUAUUUUGUUUGGAAACUUAGGUUUAGAAUUUCCUUUACAUUUAACUUUGAGGUAGCCAAUAACUAAAUGAUAAAAUUCAUGCAGAAUGUUAAAGGAAUUUAUGAGAAUUUCACUUGUACAAUAUAUCAAAUUAAAAAGUGCCAAGUGUAACCAUGAAGAUGAAUAUAUUGAAACCUGAGUUAAUAUGGAUUGAAAACAGAUGCUAUCGUAAAUUAAAUGUUAAGGACAAUGAAAAUAAAAUGUACAUAGAAGAUGAUAUGUAUCCUGUUCAACCAAAUGAAUACAAUGAGGAAGAAGAUGAUGUUGUAGAAGACGACCUACCAAUUAAAUACGAAAAUCAGAAGUUUUGGAUAUCUCUUCCAGUUCCUGGAGAAUUAAUUGGUUAUGUGUGUGGGAAACAAAAUAAAAAUAUCAAGAGAAUUAAGGACUCAACAGGAGCGGAAAUUAAAAUUCCCAGCAGACUAAGUGGUCCAGAUCGUGGUGGAAAUAAAUAUGGAAAUGAAAGAAGUUCAGAUUUUGUGAUAACUGCUGAGAAAGAAUCAUCUGUGUCGCAAGCUUACAGAAUGUUAAAAGAAAUAAUGAAUUCUGGUCGUUGGAAAAUAGCCGACUUUACUCAUUUCAUUUCUAUACCAGUGAAUAGUGAUUCUAUACAAAAAAAGUUCUUGACGUUCUGCAAAGCCGUAUCACAGUCAUGUCCUUCAGCAGUGCAAGGAGCCGUCUUUACAAAUCCAUCUAAGCUUCAUUUAACGAUUUGUAUGUUAACUUUGUUAGACAAGAGAGAAAUGGAAGAGGCCAAAGCUGCACUAAAUGACUGCGCCUCUGAAAUAACGAAAAUGCUUGGUCAAAGAAGAUUGAAGUUAGAUAUUAAAGGUAUCGAGUAUAUGAAUGAUGACGAUGCAGAAGUUGAUGUACUGUAUGCGAAAGUUAUUGAAACUGAUGGCAGCAAUGUGUUGCAGAUAAUAGCUGAGAAGUUAGCCGAGACAUUCUCAAACAUGAAUCUUGCCCCGAGACAUUAUUCUGUUAAGCUUCACCUCACUCUCCUAAAAAGUAGAAGCUAUAAUGAAAAGCGAAGCUCUUUUGAUGCAAGAUCCAUUUUGCAGAAAUUCAAGGAUUAUGAAUUUGGCCAAAUGGAAGUGACUGAAAUACACAUUUCUACGCGUCAUACUGGUCACAAUAAUAAAUAUUAUUCUCCAUCUGCUCUAAUUAAUGUUUGAAAUGGACUUAGUCUGUACUAAUAAAGUUUGUAUUUUUAUUAAAAAAUUAUUUCUAUU